AUGUCGACCAUAUUUCUAUCAUCGUUGAUAUUCCUAUUGGAAUCAACUCAUGCAUAUCCCGUUCUGUUCAAACGAAGCAAUUAUAAUAAUCUUAAUAAUCCAAAUCAAACUCCUCCACCUCGAUUUUCAUUUCCUCAAAAUGGUAACACCCCAAAUCCAAAUCCAAAUCCUGAUGUCGAUGAAUCAUUAGGAGAAUUAUUCCUCAUCACUUUCUUCACUUUCAUAACGUUAUUCAUUAUCUUUUUAGUAUCAUCGAUUGUAUUCUUUAUCAUAAAACGUAAAUUAAGAUUAAAUGAUGAUGAUUUAUCAAGACAAGAAGAAAAUCAAGCAUACCUUGAAUUAAACUCCAAUGAAUUAGAAUUAUACUUACAAUCGAAAGAAUACCUUCAAUCAAUCCCUUAUUUCAGAGGUGAUUUAACCCUUUCACAAAACUUAUCCAUCCAAGAAAAAGGGGUAAAUGCCUAUGAAUUCAUUAAAGAUAGUCUGUUAACUAAUAAUGAUAUCAUAAUCUUGAAUAAAUUCGAAUUGGAUUUCUUUAAGAAUUUCGAAUGCUCAAUCAUGACCAAUUAUCCUUUACUUAUGAAAAAUGAUGUUUAUUAUUUCGAAUCAAAAAUUUAUUCCUUACCCAACCCUGAAGAAACCGUCAUCUCCAUCGGAUUCAGUAUUAAACCAUAUCCAUGGUUUAGAUUACCCGGUAGACACGCCCAUUCCAUCUCGUAUGAUUCCAACGGGUAUAGACGUUAUAAUCAACCAUUUAAAUUCGAAUAUGAUCCUCCAUUUCCUAAAUUCGCUGUGGGAGAUGUGAUAGGUGUAGGUUAUAGAGUUAGAAGUGGGACGGUAUUCUUCACUAGAAAUGGGAAAAAAGUAAAUGAAUCUAAAAUCGGAGGUCAUAUUAAGAAUUUUAAAAUCCCUCAUCAAGGUCAAAUCUUUCCUAUUAUCGGUGCUAAUAAUUUAUCCACUGUUCAUGUUAAUUUAGGACAAAGAGGAUUUGUAUUCAUAGAGGCCAAUGUUAAAAAUUGGGGUUUAGCCCCUAUAGAAGGAAAUGGACCUGCUCCACCUGCUUAUAAUAAAUUCAAUGGUGAUAUCUUAUUGGAAAGAUCUGAAAUUGAUGAUGAUAAUAAUGAUUUAAGUGAUCGUGAAAAUGAUUUCCCUCCUGAUUUUUGGGAUGUUCAUAAUGAUGAAAUGGGGAAUAAUAAUGAAGGUAAAUUCAUUGGAUCUGAUAAUGAUGAUAUUAUAGAUCAAGAUAAAUUUAGUUAUAAUGCUUAUAGUGAUAUUAAUUCGAAUGAUGAAAGAAUUACAUUACAUAGUAUAGCAGUCACCCGUCCUGAAAGACCUCCUUCAUAUAAUAGUGAUCAAGAAGAAGAAGAAGAAGAUAGUAAUGAUAUCACCACAUCCACUGCAGGAGAUGUGACAGCAGUGACAGCGGUUGAAAAUUUCAUUGAAGAAGAUAAUGAUCAUGAAGAUAAUCUCGAUACAGAAGAAAUCCUCGAUGCAAGUAGUGAUAUAGAAGAUGACCAUACCGUUCAUCAACAUGACGACAACAAUGACGAUAAUUAA